AUGACACAUUUACGACAAGCCCGCAAAAUUGCCAUGGUUGGCGCCAGCGGUAACCUCGGGCAACACACUCUCGAAGCACUGCUCACCCAUGGCCUCCACGAUAUCACCAUCAUUGUCCGAGAGCAAUCUACCUCACAAUUCCCAGCUAGCGUUAAUGUCAAGAGAGUAGCUUUCGAUGACGAAGCCGCUCUCACUAAUGUUCUGAAAGGCCAAGAUGUUCUCGUGCUUCAACUGGGCAUCUCGUCGGUCGGCCUCAGCGACGUCGUUAUUCACGCAGCCGCAAAGGCAAAUGUUCCAUAUAUCCUGCCUACUGAGUUUGGCAGUGACCCAGCAGGCAAGCUCAUUGACGAGCUGCCAGAGAUUGCCGCCAAGCGCAAAUAUCGUGAUCUCAUCGAAGAGCUCGGAGUCGGCUCAUGGAUUGGUGUUGUCACCAACCCCUGGUAUGAUUUCUGUCUGCCCAUGGGUGAUGUCUUGGGCGUCAACGCCAAAACGCUGAAGGCUACGCUAUGGGACGGUGGAAACACGAAGAUGAAUUACAGCACGCUGCCUCGAGUCGGAGCUGUGACGGCCGAAAUUUUGGCAAUGGCAGACAAGGAAUUGGCACGCUAUCGGAAUCGAUGCUUCUACGUCACGUCUUUUCAUGUCACACAGAGAGAGGUGCUGAACAGCGUGAUGCUGGCGACUGGUACUUCUGAGAGUGAAUGGGACAUCGGCGAGGAAUCUGUGGACGCGGUCGUCGAACGAGCCAACGCCAUGAGCGAGGCAGACCCGCACUCUGUGGUGCUAGUGAAAUUCAUGCCUUUGCAUUACAAGGAGGGCCAAGGGGGCGACUUCAACAACAAGGUUGAGGAUCUCAGACGUUUUGGCCUGGAAGAGGAAGACUUUGAUGCGGUGACUAGUGAGGUGGUUCAGCGGAUUUUGUCGGCCUAG